GAAGCAGGGAGUGCUGCAGCGGCAGUCGUCGCCGCCACUGACACCGAGGGAAGCAGCUUAGACACUCCGGCCAGGAAGAUGGAAGGUAGUUCUCCAAAACAUAUCAUCCAGAUGACAGGAUUUAAGAUGGAAGAAAAGGAGGCUUUAAGCAAAUUGCUCUUAAAACUGGAUUGCACUUUUAUUAAGAGUGAGAAAUACAAAAAUUGUACACAUCUUAUAGCUGAACGCCUGUGUAAGAGUGAAAAAUUUUUAGCAGCUUGUGCAGCAGGAAAGUGGAUACUAACUAAGGACUACGUAAUUCAUAGUGCCAAAAGUGGCAGAUGGCUUGAUGAAACAACUUACGAGUGGGGAUAUAAAAUUGAAAAAGACUCCCAUUAUUCACCUCAAAUGCAAUCUGCACCUAAAAGAUGGCGUGAAGAACUGAAACGCACUGGUGCUCCAGGAGCCUUCCACAGAUGGAAAGUUGUCCUCCUUAUUAGAUCUGAUAAACAAAGUAAUUCUCUUGUAAGAGUUUUAGAGGCUGGAAAGGCGAAUAUUAUUUUACCAAAAAGUUCAAAAAGUGGAAUAACUCAUGUGAUUGCCAGUAACGCAAGAAUCAAGGCUGAGAAAGAAAAAGAUAACUUUCAGGCUCCAUUUUAUCCAAUUCAAUAUCUGGGAGAUUUUCUUUUAGAAAACAAAAUUCAGCAUGAUGAAGUUUGCCAAACCAAUUCUGUUUGGACUAAACAUAGUCAUCAAGAAAAAAACAAAGAUUCCAGGAAGGAUAUGCGAUUUGUUGAAAUGAAAGAUGCCUUAAGAGAAACCAUAUGUAGAAGCAAGAAAGAAAUGCAAAAUCAUGAUGAAGGUUUUAAUAUUAGUUCUGUAUUUACUGAACAUCACAAAAAAGAACAAUUCAGAGAUUCAAGUAAAGAUUCAAAAUUUGUUAAAAUGAGAAAUACCCUAGGAAGGCACACAUACAGAAAUCAGAAGGAAGUUAAGAGAAAUUACGAAGAUAUUCGAAGAAGUUAUACUUUGAAGAAAAAACGCAAAAAAGAGAAAGAUUCAAGGAAAGAUGCUGAACGUGACAAAAUUAAAAGUACCUUAAGAAAGCACAUAUAUAGAGAUCAGAAAGAAGUGAAGAAUUCCGUUUUUGCUCAUUGUACCAAAAAUGUAGAAACAAAACUUACCAGGACUGAUGUUGAAAUUCUGGAAGUGAAAAAUGCCUUACAGAAGCACAUAUAUAGAGCUCAGGCUGUCAGAUACAACUGCGUUAAAAUAGAUAAACAACCAGUAUACAAUAUAGAGGCUAAAAAUGCUGAAUUUCCCAGAGGUGUACUGAAUUUAAUAGAAAGCCUUAUUGAAGGACAGUUUUUUAAAGAAGCGAUGGAGGAACUCUCCUCUUUGCAAGCACAUUAUAUUCCUCCUGUAUGCCUUCUUCAUACUCUUCUUGAGAACAUUCUACAGGAUAACAUGGAUACAUUUUCUGGUCGAUACUUUCAUAUAUUGUCAGCUCUUCUUCACCUCCAUCCUCCUUGGAAGUCCCCAGACAUGUCAAGAUAUUAUUUAGAGUUGUUUCAAUGUCCAACAUGUAUGAAAGGAGCGUGGUCUCUAGUAGAAGUACUUAUCAGGUCUUGCCUUUUCAAUGAAAAUUUUUGUCACCAAAUUUCAGAAAAUAUUAUUGGCUCUAAGGUGCUCCACCUGACGCUGCUUAAAUAUUUCUUUAAUUUAGUUGUAAGUGAAGUACAGCAUCUUUGUCAAAAGUUGUAUGACUGGUCAGAUUCUCAGAAUCUAAAAAUUACAGGAAAGGCAAUUCUUCUUGAACUCUUUUGGUCAGGAAGUGAGACCUCUGCACUUUUGACCAAACCAGUAAAUAUGCUUUUGGAGUGGACUAUAUAUUCUCACAAGGAAAAGUGCAAAUCUAAUGAUGUCUUCAAACAUGAACUAGCUUACGUAUUGACUGGAAUUCUUGGAGCAGCAAUAGAUUAUUGGAUCUUCCUUGGUCUUAAGAUGGGUAGAAAUGUGAUGCGACACAUGUCUGAUGACUUAGGAAGUUAUGUUUCCCUGUCAUGUGACGACUUUUCUUCACAAGAAUUAGAAAUUUUUAUUUGUUCGUUUUCCUCCUCCUGGCUUCAAAUGUUUAUUGCAGAGGCAGUCUUUAAAAAGCUAUAUUUACAGAGUUCCAUCAGUAUUUCUUCAGAGCCACUCUCUCUUCAGAAAAUGGUAUAUUCCUAUUUGCCAGCAUUGGAGAAAAGUGGUGUUCAUGGGGCUGGAAAGAUGCAGAUACUGAAGAAAAUAGGACAACGGCCUUGCCUUGACUCUCAGAGGGCCUUACUAAUGCUAAAUGGUGCUAAACAGCAGCAAGUGGACGGACUGCCAGAGUUACCAGAGCUGAACCUUACCAAAUGUUCCUCAUCAUUAAAAAGAUUGAAAAAGAAGUCUGAAGAGGAAUUGUCAUAUUCCAAGGAGAAUUGCCCCUCUAUAGUUACAAAGAUGAAUUUUCACAAGACUAAUCUAAAAGGAGAAACAGCCCUGCAUAGAGCUUGCAUAAAUAACCAAGUGGAGAAAUUGAUUCUUCUUCUUUCUUUACCAGGAAUAGACAUCAAUGUUAGAGACAAUGCUGGCUGGACGCCUUUGCAUGAAGCUUGUAACUAUGGCAACACAGUGUGUGUCCAGGAAAUUUUGCAACGUUGUCCAGAGGUAGAUCUGCUCACUGAAGUGGACGGGGUGACUCCUUUGCAUGAUGCACUGUCAAACGGACAUGUAGAAAUUGGCAAGCUGCUACUCCAACAUGGGGGCCCAGUGCUUUUACAGCAGAGAAACUCUAAGGGGGAAUUGCCCUUGGAUUAUGUGGUAUCACCUCAAAUCAAGGAAGAACUAUUUGCUAUUACAAAAAUAGAAGAUUCCGUGGAAAACUUUCAUGCACAAGCAGAAAAACAUUUCCAGCACCAGCAACUUGAGUUUGGCUCAUUUUUACUUAGUAGGAUGCUGCUAAAUUUUUGUUCCAUUUUUGAUUUAUCUUCAGAGUUCCUCUUAGCUUUCAAAGGGUUAACACAUCUAAAUGAACUGCUUAUGGCUUGUAAGAGUUAUAAGGAAACUACCAGUGCUCAUACUGACUGGUUAUUGGAUCUUUAUGAUAGAAAUAUAAAGACAUUACAGAAGCUCCCAAGUAUUAUUAAGGAACUGCCUGAGAAUUUGAAAGUAUGUCCCGGCAUACAUACUGAGGCCUUACUGGUGACACUGGAAGUGAUGUGUCGCUCAGUCACAGAAUUUUCAUGAGGAAGCCCAAAAAUGAAUCUACUUUCUAAACUUGUUCAACUUGAUGUGUCGUUUAUUCUGGACAUCAUAGCUUAGUAAGCAUUAAUUUCUUUUAUUUAUAGACAGCUUUUGAAGACUUGCUAAAUUCUAAAAAUUCUAAAAGCACUUGCAAAACUAUAAUAUGGGGCAUCUUUUUCCAAUGUGUAAAAUUUCAUUCAAAGUUAAAAAAUAGCUUUGUUGGAUAUACACUACUUUCAUUAAUCUUUAGUUUUCUGAAUUCUGAAAGUGAUGUUAUUUAUUUACAUUGUACAUGUAAAAUAUUUUUCUUUAAUUUUUUUUUCCCAAAAUCAAAAUAUAGUGUCCU